ACUGGUUAUCGCCAUUUCCAGUAGGCUAAGCAAGUUUAGUGAGUUAUAAAUGUUUAUCUAUUCAUUGUGGACAGUCUUAACAGUUUGUUUCGCUUUAGUGUUCCGUAAUUGUAACGGAAUUAUCGUAUAAAUCACUGUUUCAGAAGGACCGCAGACCCUCGUCGAGACAUCAUGUCGAAGGCCAAGUCGACUCAGCCAGCUGUGAUACACAAGGUUAUUAUGGUGGGAAGUGGCGGUGUCGGCAAAUCAGCACUGACACUCCAGUUCAUGUAUGAUGAGUUUGUUGAGGAUUAUGAGCCCACGAAGGCUGAUUCGUACAGAAAAAAGGUGGUGUUGGAUGGAGAGGAAGUACAAAUUGACAUUCUUGACACAGCUGGUCAAGAAGACUAUGCCGCAAUCAGGGACAAUUACUUCAGGAGUGGGGAGGGUUUUCUCUGUGUGUUUUCUAUCACUGAACAAGAGUCGUUCCAGGCAUCGGCAGAAUUCAGAGAACAAAUUUUACGAGUAAAAAAUGAUGAAAACAUUCCAUUCCUGUUGGUUGGGAACAAGAUGGACCUCGAUACUAAACGACAGGUGUCAUUUGAAGAAGCCUCUAGGAAAGCCAGUGAAUGGAAGGUCAUGUAUGUGGAGACGUCAGCUAAAACAAGAGCAAAUGUAGAUAAGGUUUUCUAUGACUUGAUGAGAGAAAUCCGUGCAAGGAAAAUGGAAGCAAGUCGACAGAAUAACGGAAAGCAGAAGAAAAAGGAUGGACGGAAAAAGAUUAAGUGUGUCAUAUUGUAACAAAAUGAUAGUGUUCACGGAAAAUCAUUUGACAAUAUAGGAAAGGAUAUCUCAUUAGGAAACACAGCAGACAAGUGUGUGUGUGUGCAUACCGAUGAGCCUGUUACUGUGUGACAGACACACGUGUCAUAUUUCCAUCUUGCCUGAAUAAAGACUACAUGUUUGCAUUUGACAUACACAUUACUGGGGGCCAGUGCUUUUUGUGGAUCACAUGACACACAUGGAGAUAAAUAAUAAUUUUUUUUAGUUUAUUGUUGUGCUUGUUUCCGAGAGAUGGAAAGUAAAAACAAAAAAAGGAAGGCUUUGAUAUGGUUUGCUCUUCACAAGAAAUGGUUGGGUGUAUCACAUUGUAAGACUAUUUGUAUUAUCCAUCCAUUCGUCUUUCUGUUUUCUGUAGCAUGACCACGAAUCACAGCGAUUGAAAUCUUUGUGACAAGUGACUAAGUAUAGACCACUUUGGAGUUCUGUAUUUGUUUUGUAGUAUUGAGAAAAUUUUACACGUUCAGAAUAUCACUGCAUGCAUGUGAUUUAUAUAAUAUGUAAAUAUGCCUGCUGAAUUAAAUGGAAGAUAAUUUGAAAAGUGCUAUAUUGAUCAUGGAUACUUAUGGAAUUUAAUUUUUUAAAAAGAAAACCCCCAGAGUGGUAUGUUAUAAACUGUGUGGAUAAACUCUAAUAAAGGGACUAAUUCACUAAGGGGCAGACCCUAGUUUCAGCCCGUGAAAAUGAACACUAAAUUUAGUUAAUCUUCAAACCUGAAACACACAUUUGGAUACAGUUAUCAGAGAGAGAAGCUAAAGAAUAUGUUUAAACAGGGAAAUACCAUCUAAAAGAACUAGAGCUUGCCUUGACAACUGUUAUUUCUCAGACGAUUGUGUGUUUUUAAAAUUAUUACAAAUGCAUUUUAGGGUAUUGCAAAAACCUGGAUGAUCAGGAUCGCUUCAAGUGUAUGAAAAUUAAUGUUCUAAAUAAUAAAAUGUAAGUACUUCUGACUUUAAAACUUAACAGCUUUAAUAGUGAAAAAUAUGUCAUAGUGUCUAAAAACUAGGGUUUGUCACUUUAAGAGAGCUUCGUGAAUUAGGCCCAACUCUAAAGCUGUUACAGGUGUUUCUUAAGUGUCCCACGUACGGAUUACAAAGUUUAACUUCAUGUUGUAACUGUGAUACAUCUAUCGAAGAAUCAUCCACUCACUCCUAGUAACAUGUUUAUUAAGAUGGAAUUGAUAUAUCAAAAAAGAUUAUAUUCCUCAAAAACCGUGUCAACCAUUUUCGUUGGUCACCAGCGUGAGCAUUGCUUACUAAACUGAACAAGCAGAUUUGUCCCUUCAGCAACAUUGUUGUUUUAUGCAUAUCUAAAAUAGUAUCCUGGCAAAGAUGGAUUUCUCCCAUUUUUGUCAAUAUAUGUACAGUCAGACCUCAUUAAAACAGACAUCUUCGUCUCAUGAUCUGUUAGUCUUUACAUGUUUAUCAGUGUAACCGGUAUGUCAUGAGUUAUCCCCCUUAUGUUGACUUCAUAUUGUAUUGUAUAUGAAAAACAAGCCAACUCCAUGAAUAGUUUACUUUAUUUUGUCUUGUGCUAGAGCAUAUACUUGCCUAUUUCACCAGCUAAUUAAACUCAAGAUGUUGUCAUUACCCACAAUACUAAGUGAUCACUGAUUGCAGUUAAGUACUUGAGACUUGUCAGUAUGUGGAAGGUGGAAAUUGUAAUGCAAUAUGAAAACAUGGAAUAUGAAUAUUUGCUCUGUGUGGGUAUUCUUUGUCAGGAGGUGCAGCUGUUAUUUUAAUAGUUGUAUUACAUAAUUGUAGUUGUAAUACAAGUUGAUUGUACAUAUAUUUGACAGUGUCUUUAGGAAAGUGACAUUUCACAAAUAUUUUUCAAAUAAAUUAAUGUAAUCAACAUCAACAUCAAGACCAGCUACUCCAUGCUGCAUGUAAAUGUUUACAACAAUAACUACAAGUAAAUCAAGUCUGUCCACACAUUGUCAUUGAAAAUAAUUUUAAAGACAAUUUUUUUUUUUUAUCUCAUGAAAGUUAUUGGCAGAUUUUACUCUUUUUUGAUUUUUAUUAAUUCAGAAAUAGACUAUUCUGUGCAUGACAUGUAAUUUACAUGAUGUAAAUGUAUGAAUAUGUUUCACACACACAGUGAAACUGAUAGCUGUAUCAGGCCCAUAAUAUACCGGAGCUGGAUCUGGGUCUGGCAAGUAUGGAACCACUCGAAACAGAAAUGCAUUGAAAUUGAAUUGAAUGUGACAAAAUACACUGUGUCUUUGGUGGCACAAACUACAGAUCUGGCAGUGGACAGCAAUAUGAACUAUAUUCACACACACAGGACACUGACCCAGACCCAGCCCCAGCUUCUGUGUUUUGGGUUUUACAGAGCAUGUCAACAGCUCUACUUGUGGUAUAAUAGGGUACUGCAUGUAUGUGUCAUGUUGUUGGAUGAAUAAAAUGUAGGUCAGCCUAAUGUACAUUUUCACUGGUGACCUCAGUGAUAACUAAAGAAGAUCUUUAUUAGAGCAGCAAAAACAACACCUUCCUGCAGGAACAUUUAAUCAAUGAAAAGGUUUACUGGAGUGUAGAUGUUUUUGAAGCAUACUUUUCAAAUAGCUGACUCUAAAAGCUUGAGUUGUUAUUCUAGAAUACUGGUUCUAGAAUUUGUCUAGUUAUUAAUUUAGAAUCCUUGCUUGGGAUUUUUGAAGCUAUCUUAGCGCUGUGAAAUCGUAAAACCAUAAUAGGCUUUGACGUCACUACACCACAUGACAUAGUGAUAUAGCUUAAAAUGAUUUUACAAUUUUGUAGCGCUAAGAUUCAUUUGACAAAUUUGUUCCUGGCUCCAGAAAAUCUUUAGUUAUGUCUUUAAAAUACUGGCUUUAGUAUUUGUACUAGAAUAAUUGUGUUCAUUAUGAUGUAGUUACUGAAUAGGAAUACCAACUGUAGAAACCCUGUGUACUACACUAGAGGACUGGCUCUUGAGUUUGUCUAGUCAUUAUACACUAGAAUACUAAUUUUGUUAACUGCUUCAGAUUGAAUACCAAACAAUCGAAGAACAUGUAGCAUGCUAAUUAACUUCAAAAAAGUUGUUAAAAUCAAAUGAUUAUUUAAUUAGUAUUCGGAUAACCAGUAGACCAGUAUCAAAGUGCAUUAAAAAGUGGACAAUAUCUGAAAUUAGAAAUUACCAGUUUAUUUGUAAUUUCAUACACAGUACAAGUAGGUUCAUCUGCUUUUGAAUUUGAUUUCCCAAACUUGACAACUUUUUAGAACAUGCAUGUAAAUUCUUAUUUCAAGCAAUUAGCAGCUGCUGAAUCAACAUUUCAUUCAUUCAGCUGCUGCUGUUGACAAUUGUGAAGUUUUCAAUUCAUAUUUAAAGCCGGCCAGUGAAAUAGAAACUAAGCCAAUGUCGUACUGUUUUGGUUCGUUAAUAGAAUUUAACUCAUAACCAAUCAUCUUACAUGUCAAAUAUAUUGAAGUAAAGAUUUUAAUGUCAGAUCUAUACUACUUCCUAUGCAAAUUAGCCUAGAUGUUAAUAAUACAAUUGAAAAAAAAAAGUAUUUACUUUUGCAUAUUCAUGUGGUAACGUAUUGUUUGUUUUCAAUCAGUUGUGUUCUUCAGUGUGUUUAUAUUGCAUGUCCUUUGUUUUUUGGUGGUGUUUUUUUUGUUUUUUUUAAUAAGUUAGGUAUUUUUAUGUGGUUCAAGCAAGGAUGUGAAGAUAUUGUGAAAUCACAGUUGUUUGUGCAAUAAUACGUUUUUUUUUUGUAAUUUUGUACAUCAGUUUCACCAACAUCAUUAGUAAAUUUUAAGUUUGCUUUGAAAUUUGUUUUUUAUAAUUCUGUUUAUGGGGGUUUGUAUAUAAAUCUGAAUACAUGCCAUGUUUUCCCCAACUUGUGAAAAUUGAUUUUCAUGAAAUCAAAAAAUGAAAGUAUUUUGCAUAUUUAUGUGGUAACAUAUUGUUUGUCACAUUGCACUUUGAUCAAGUAAAGCUACAGGAUGAAAAGUUAAGUGUAUUAUGAAAACAAACAUUUUUCAAAACAUGUAAAUUCUUUCUGUGAAGUCUAAAGCGGUUAAAUUUAUUAAUUUAUUUUUUGUGUUAGUUCUUUGGAAUAAAUAUACAUGUACACACUUUUAAAUUUUAAUACAGUACAAUACAAAUGCUUUAUUUGUGUGUUACAUAUGAUGUAUACAUAUUAACACUAUUAAAAUGAUGAUGGCUAAAGCAAAGUCAUAUCCUGUGACUAGCAGGCAAACACAUGGCUACAUUACACAAUUGCUCAUGUGACCUGUAGGUCAUCGUACAAUGUGGCUGAAAUAACAGAAAUAAUAGCUUUUCACCUUAAUUUUUAUGGUCUGUAGUAUAAAGAUAACUAGUUAAUGACGUUGGAUAUCUGCUUUAUCCUGUUCAGGCUGAAUAAGAAUUUCCCAUUCUCUUACCGUCACAGAAUAAAGCAGAUAUCCGAUGUCAUUAACUAGUUAUUCUCUAUUUAAGUAAUAAAAGUAAAAGCAAAAUAAUGUAAUUAGCAAACAAGAUAGUUUAAUAUGAUUGUGAAUGUUAAAACAACUUACCCCCUUCAGAUUAUAGAGAUUUUGGUUAAUAGACUAGUUCUUGCUACAUCUAUGUCCCAACAGAACUGUGCUAUUGUUACAAGGAGAGCAGCAGGUAUUCAAAUUCCAAAUCUGGCGUAGCGGGAAAUGUGAAUAUUUUACACUACAUGUAGUUUCUCACCCAAGCAACCAAUAUUUUGGUUCUUUGAACUACAUCAAAGAUUGUUACCACUGACAAAUUAUACUGAACAAACAUGUUUUAUGGUAAAUAAACGUCUGAUUUAUAAUUUCAAAA